GCCGUAGCGAAAGUGCUACUAUUUAAACACGUCGACAUGGAGAAGAUAAACAGAAAAGAAACUACAUUGUCAAGGAAAAAGCGAAUGGUUGUGUCAACAUGGACAGUGACCUGAGUCCCCAGGAUAAAAAAGAUUUGGACAAGUUCAUUAAGUUCUUUGCCUUGAAGACUGUCCAGGUGAUAGUUCAAGCUCGUCUUGGAGAGAAGAUCUGCACUUGCUCUUCCUCAUCACCCACUGGCUCUGACUGGUUUAAUUUGGCCAUCAAAGACAUCCCAGAGGUGACUCAUGAAGCCAAGAAGGCAUUGGCUGGCCAACUUCCAGCUAUCGGGCGCUCCAUGUGCGUUGAGAUCUCCCUGAAGACCUCAGAGGGUGAUUCAAUGGAGUUAGAGACUUGGUGCUUGGAGAUGAAUGAAAAGUGCGAUAAGGACAUCAAGGUGUCAUAUACAGUCUACAAUCGUCUGUCUGUCCUUCUGAAGUCUCUGCUGGCCAUCACCAGAGUAACACCCACCUAUAAACUGUCCAGAAAGCAGGGACACGACUAUGUCAUACUGUACAGGAUCUACUUUGGAGAAGUUCAGCUGAGUGGACUAGGAGAAGGUUUUCAGACCGUGCGUGUUGGUGUCGUUGGCACCCCUGUUGGCACAGUCACACUUUCAUGUGCCUACCGCACCAACCUGGCAUUCAUGUCUAACAGGCAGUUUGAGCGGUCAGCUCCUAUCAUGGGGAUCAUUGUGGAUCACUUUGUGGAUCCUCCCUGCAGCAGCCAGCGUCCUGCAAACAGUGGACAGCCAUGCAAUUACAGAGCUCCAGACGAGGAGGACGGAGCACCAUUUGCGGGAGUUCAGGAGUCACAGGAGGUCUGCACCACAUCCUUCUCCACCUCCCCUCCCUCUCAGUGUGUGUGUACACUGAGUCCGUCUCCCUCUAAACUGUCUAAGCCCCUCCCCCUGGAUAGUCUGCAGCUUCCAUUGGCUCCUGGACUUGUCACUCACACUCUGUAUACUUCCAGGUUAUCCUACCAGCCUCCAGCUCUAGCAGGAGCCACUGAGCUUUGUCACCCUGCUGCCAAUCCAAACCAGGUACUGCAUGCUGGGAAAGAGGGUGGCAUUGUGUUGGUUCCUGCUCAGGCUCCCCAUGGAGCUGAUGCCAAUCUGACAGUGGAGCAUGCUUCCAACACACCGGGCAGCAGUGGCGAUGAUGACGGUCUGUCACAAAGUGGAGAAGGAAAGAGGGAUGAAGGGAGGAGGAGUGUUUCUCCCUCUGAUCCAGUGGAGUCUCUCAGUGCAUUCACAAGGAAAGUUGGGGCCUUUGUCAGUAAGCCCAGUACACAGAUAACAGCAGCCAGUCUGGACCUGCCAUUUGCUGCAUUUGCUCCUCGAGGCUUGGACCCAGAGCAGAAUGAUCCCAUGGUGCAGCCUCCAGACUCUCCUCCCUGCCCGUCCCCCCUGCAGGCCAGCCUUCACUCCCAGGGCUCAGAGGGAUCAGGGCAGCAGGAUGAUUUUGUCAUGAUCAAUUUUCGGCCAGCCUUCUCUAAGGAUGACUUGUUGCCGAUGGAUCUGGGCACCUUCUACAGAGAGUUUCAGAACCCUCCGCAGUUGACCAGCCUCUCACUACACAUCAGCUCCCAGUCCAUGGCUGAUGACCUGGACUCUCUGCCAGAGAAACUGGCCAUCUAUGAGAAAAACAUUGACGAGUUUGAUGCGUUUGUGGAUAUGCUUCAGUGAAGUGGGAGGGGCAAGGCUGAAACAAGAAAGACCAUGUGAAAAAAAAAGAGACUGGAUAAUGAAAGAAGAAUGAGGCUGUGUAGGUGUUUGGAUGGUGAAAAUCACUGACCAAAUCACUGUUAGUGUGAUGCUCCUCAUUUCUGACAUAUUCCUCUCUCCCUGUUCACUGAACUCCCCUCACUUACUGGCUUGUACAGAUAGUCAUCUGCAUUAUAAAUACUGUAUUAUCUACUGACACUGGCAUACACACACCCCUCUCUGGUCUGGUAGUGUUAAACUGAAAAUCUUUAUUUUCUAUGUGGCACAAAUCUGCUCAUCACCUGUAUUUAAUCAGUUUUAACUAUAGCUCCCCUCUCACUAACCUCUGAAAGGUUCCUUUACAUCAUGCUCUUCCUGAUCAUAUUCAAGCUGAAAGUGAGAGAUCAGUGAUGCUACUCUAGAAAUCAGACCAGUACCGUUUGUGUGGGUUCAGAAAAGGCCUGAAGUUUUGAAAAGCUGGUUGCGGCAAAGAAAAUCACACAAAAUAGCAGUUACUACUCCUGUGAUGUAAUUUACAAAUGUCCUGAUUUACGCAACUGACCGUUUCAGUAGCAACCUGACAAGUGACAAGCAGCAGUUUACCCAUUGUUCCCAGCUGGACUGGGGAUUUAAACUUCCAGUUUCAAUGGGGCCCUAGUAGAAAUGGAAGUGAAAUAAUUGUAGUGUUUGUGCAGAGAAAAUCCACAUCAGAGUCAUUUGCCUGUUGAUAGAAGCACAGUCAGCUAAAACCAAUACAACACAACAAGUCCAACCUUCAUGAGAAAUGAAAGGUUACAUUGUUGAAACCACUCUACUCAGCUUGGGGGCUGCUAGCGUGUACUGUGCAGCACUCAAGCAUUUCUAAUAUUUUGUCCACAUCGUUUGAGGGUAGAUGAAUAUUAGAAAAUCUUAGUACAACAGGACCAUUUUAACAGCCCCAAAAUGACCGAAGUGGAGUCAACACCAAUUUCCUCAAAACAAUUUGUUUCUCCAUGAAGGAAAGAUUGAUUGCUGCACUGUUGCAUUCAUUUAGCUACCAAAUAAACUGACAUCUGGGUGUCUUACUUUUGGCUGUGUAACAUGCAUAUGUAUAUUUUGGGGUUUUGUAAAGGUGGGGAGCAGUCCCAGCUGUCGAUAGAAGGUGCCAGGUCACCAUCCAUGAUUUGAGCUGGGUUGAAAGCUUUAAAUUAAACUUGUCCUUGCCGUUGGUCCAGAUGUACUAAUAAAGCAUGGCUGCUCUGUUGAAACA